AUGUCCCUAGGCCGUUGUUUCGCAGGCCACUCCCUCCCCCACAAACUCGACAUGGCCGCCAAAUACGGCUUCCAAGGCAUAGAAGUCUUCUACGAAGACCUCGUCGACCUCGCCAAGUCCCUCCCAGGCGGCGACACACCCUCCAACCAAAUCACAGCCGCCCGCACAAUCCACGAUCUCUGCGCCGCCCGCUCCCUUACCAUCAUCUGCUUACAACCCUUCAUGCACUUUGGCGGUCUCAUCGAUCGUCAAGCACAAGCACAACAAUAUGAAGAACUCAAGCUGUGGUUUGAGCUAUGUCACGCGUUGGAAACAGAUCUUAUCUUGUUCCCUAGUAGCUUUUUACCAGAAGAGCAACUUACGGAUGAUAUGGAUGUUAUAGCCGCUGAUUUCACGGUAGCUGCUGAUAUGGGGCUGGAGCAACAGCCGCAGAUUAAGUUUGCGUUCGAGGCGUUAUGUUGGGGAACGCGGAUCAACAGGUGGGAGCAAAGUUGGGAUAUAAUCCAGCGCGUUGACCGUGAGAAUUUCGGUAUCUGCCUGGAUAGCUAUAACAUCCUCGGCCGCAUCUACGCCGACCCUGCAGCAGUAGGCGGAAAGACAAAAGACUGCGACACCGUUACAAAAGAAUCCAUCAAGCAUAUCCUCACAGACAUCGACGUCAGCAAAGUAUUCCUAGUACAAGUGGCUGACGGCGAGAAACUCAGUUCACCUCUGAACGAGAGCCAUCCGUUUUACAACGCGGAGCAACCGUCGCGGAUGAGCUGGUCGAGAAACGCGAGGUUAUUCUACGGGGAGAGCUCGUAUAAUGCGUAUCUACCGUGUAAGCAAUUACUGAGGGCUGUUGUGCAGGGGUUGGGGUUUGAGGGGUGGUUGAGCUUUGAGGUGUUUAAUAGGAGGUUUUGUGAUAGGGAUCAGAUUGUGCCUGAGGAGACGGCUAAGAGGGCGGCUGAGUCGUGGGAGAAGAUGAAGGUUGAGCUGGGGUUGAGGACAGCGGACGAUGUGCAGCCGAGAUUGCAGGCCAUGUUGUAA